AACAGGCUGCCUGUCUGCUGGACCAGCCACGCCAUCCAUUUAUCCUGACGGGCUUCAUGGAUGUCUGGGCUCGCACUGCGGGGUUCAGGUAGUGUCGAAGCGGGCAGUUCGCGCACCGAGGCACCGAGGGUGGACAAGGGCUCGUCCGGGCUGUUUGAGCGUUUGCAGGAGCGUCUGUCUGCUUCAGAAGGCUGCGCAGACAAUAAAGGAGAGGCAGCAGCAGCAGCAGCAGCAGCAGAGUGCACACAGGGACGCCCUGAAUAAGAAGCCAAAUUCUGCACUGCAGUGGAUUUCCUCAGGUGUGUGUGUACGUGUGUGAGUGUGUAGAAGUGUGUGUGGGUGUCUGACUUUAGUAGACUCAGAAUAGCCUCUGUACACUUUUUCUCAUUAACAUCGGAAGAACCUGCAGAAGCUUUGGGGCAUCGUCUGGAGGUCGCCCCGUCCUAGAAAACUGUGCCAUCCUCCAGUUUUCAGACCAUCCAGCCUACCCCUCUCCGCUCCCUCCUCUUUUCUUUUCCCAUCACAGGCACAGUGUGGUGGCUGGUCAGUCUGUCUGUCCAUUCAGAUCAUACAGACCUGCAGGCCUUCAGACUGGAGAGCUGUGACUGACGGGUGGAUUCAUACUGUGGAUUUUUAAAGUACUGCAUGGAUAGUUAAACCAAUCUGCAGUAUUAAAGCAAAGACCCGCUGACUGUUCAAUUCAGUGUCACUGCACUCGGAGGACAAAUAUUUUCGGAUUAAGAAGGUUGGACCUGCUCUUCAUGGGGUUGUAGGACUAAAUAAAGUGUCGAAUUCCACCUCAGGGAUCAGAUUUUUACCAUUUUCACUGUGUCAACCAAGUCAGCACGACACAGCAAAUCUCAGGCGCCCUCACAGGUUUCCCAGGUUUAGGUUGACUUCCAGUUUCUCCUCAGGGAUUUUUAACUAACAGAGUUUGCGUUUGGUAUUUUUCAAGCCGUUGAUUUCAGUUUUAACACAGCAAAUCUCAGGCAACAUCUAUAUUUUUGGCUUUUAGAACAACCCUAUAAACUGUUGUUGCCAUGGCAUCUGACAGUUUCCAGUACCGGGCACUCUUUGAGUACAAGCGAGAGCGUGGUGAUGACAUCAGCCUCCAGCCAGGUGACCUGCUCACCGUCCCCAAGGCCUCGCUGAUGUCGGUGGCAGGGCUGGACUACCAGGACGGGGACGAGCGGAGCCCCAAAGGCUGGCUGCACGGCACCAACGAGAGGACCAAGGACAAGGGAGACUUUCCAGGGACUUUUGUGGAGUACGUUGGGGUGGUGAGGGUUGGCCCUCCUGCGGCUAAAUCCUGGCCCAGGCCUGUACCACCAACCCCUGGGGGGGUGCAGACCGCUGUGGGGGCUCAGCCUCCUGGAGCAGCUGUUGCUUCAGGUGUGGAAGCAGAGCUUCUGUCUGAAGCAGCUCCUGUGGUUAUUUGGAGACUCAUUGAGGCCAUCGAGAAACACGGUUUAAACAAUGAGUCUCUGUAUCGAGCUCCUCCAGCCUCCAGUGGACCUGCAGAGCUGCGGCAGGCACUAGACUCAGAUCCAGUCUCAGUGGACCUGGACCAGUAUGAUGUGAUUUCUCUGACUGAUGCUCUCAAAGGUUUCCUUCAGGACCUGCCUGCCCCUAUCAUCCCCGCCUCAGUCUACAGCGAGUUGGUCUACACUGCUCAAGAGAGUCAGAGUGUGGAGGAGUGCGGGGAGAGGCUGAAGAGGAUCCUGGAGUCUCCCAGCAUCCCUCAGGCCAACCACCAGCUCCUGGUCCACCUCAGCAGACACUUGGCCCGGGUCAGCCAGCACAGCCAGGCCAGCCCCCGGGUGCUGGGACAGGCCUUUGCCGAGGCCAUCUUCAAGCACUCUCCUCUCAGCGCGGACGUGAACCCAGAGCAUCACGUCAGAAUCUUGGAGGCUCUGAUCGCAACAGGAGGUCUCAUGGAGAUGCAGGCUGCACCAGGUCAGAGCCAAGUCCGGUCCAAGGAGGACCAGCACAUCCCUCAAAUGUUCGAUCAGAUUGGGAUCUGGAUAAUGAUGUCGUGA